AUGGCCAAACUACUCUCGCAUCAUGAUAGGUACCAUUCUCAUGCUAUUUUAGGGCUUUUGGCAUUGUUGCAUUUUGCCUAUCGAUUCUACACUGUCUUGAUUGAGCAGCGUGAAUCUUUCUCGCCGGGCUUUUGGUCAGCGGCGACUCUUUUGGUCCACGUUUUCCUGCAUGUUCUCAGUUUCCAAUUUGAAUUGCCAAGGAAUCGCAUUUGGACAAAACCAAUGAUUUGGAGGGAAUUCCGGGUGCACAACGCAAUUUUCGCCUACCGGCACCUGGUGGGCACUGCGUUGGGGAUUUGGGCUCCAGAAUGGUGGUGGCAGCAGCCAACACUAUCUUCCUUGUUGGCUAAAGUUGUCUUAGUGCUUGUAGCGUGCAAAGCCGCGGAUGUCACCACCGAGAUGAUUGGUAGCACGGAAAUGAGAACAACCAAUGCAAUGCCUUAUCCAAAGUCGACACCACGACCAGUGGAAGAGAUGGCGAAGACAUUUUAUGCCAAGUCUCAAUUUGCAGCAACUUCAAUUGCAGCAUUUGGGACGCCUUCAUUGUCUUUUUGCUCGGUGUUAGCUAUUGAGCUAGCAUCUCUUUUGAUGACCCUGGUCAGAAAGGGUCUUAUUGAGGCACGAACAUAUCACAUUGUCUAUGCCACCUCGCUUUUCGUCAUGUUUCCAUGCAUAGUUGCAACUCUCCAUAGCGGAGAUGCAGCCAUGGAGAUGGCAGCAUUUAGAGGUCUGAUGGUGUGUGCUGUGGCUGUGGAUCUCCGCCUAAAACAUCGCAUCGACAAAUAUGUUGCCUGGGGCCUUUCAAUAGUUGGAGGACACUUUCUUGCUGAGAUUUUGGGCAUGGUGGGCUGCUACAAAUUAUUAAUUGCCUGGCCCGGCAUGGCGUGGUCGGCAGCUGGCACAGUUCAAUGCUUGCUGACAGAUGUCCAAAAGAAGGAUGACAUAGCAGAUUGCAACAAGAGAGGUGGUCAAGACGCAUCCAAUGAUGGAACGCGACUCCCAGCCUCGGGUGAACAGACUGCAGCGUGCAACUUCAUGGCCAAGAAAAAGGAACCAAGAUCAGCGAAGGAUCAGGUGCUUCAGUGGCUUUCGGUGCUCUCUGGAGUCGUCUCGCUGGUUUGCCUCAUCCCCAAGAUCCCGUACAGGUAUGCCCAAACCUUCACUGGCUAUCACCAAAGGUUUCCAAUGGUAAGGACUUAUUCCCUUUUUGGGGCCAGCAACAAGAUGGGGCAGAUGGUCUCCUGGUUCAAAUGGCAAAAGGAGACUUGCAGAAUGAGGGACGAGUUUGCAAAGUCGAAUCCCCUACUGGCGGCGGCAGGAGGUAUUGCUGCUGCCAAAUCUGGUGUGGGCGGAGCAGCUGCGGGAUGUAUGUUCUGGGACACAUGCAAGUCACAGCUGACGGUUCGGUGCACCGAAUAUGCGACGAUGGCUGUAAUGAGCAUUAUAUCCAUGCUGCUCCAGCUGAUAGGAGCUGGUUCUGCACUUUGCGUGCCCAUGAUGCUGAAUGCCGAGAGCGAUGCUGGAAAGGACAAGAAGGGCUCCAAGAAGGAAAAGGCGAAGAAGGCUGCCAUUGGAGCAACCAUGGGUUGUGCUGUUGCAGGAGGUUUGCUGCCGUUCCUCUCGUGGGCAAUUUACAUGGGGUCUUCCGGGGCGAUGAUGUCCAAUUUGAAGACAAAGGAGGCCUACGCCUAUGGCUAUGCGUACGUUGGCUCCUUCCUCGCUGUCUCUGGUUGGCUGCUGGGCUUGAUUGGUGCUUUCAUUGGCCUUCGGCGCUUCCAAACUUUUGGAAAGGAGAAGGAGAAGGAUGAUGACGAUGACGCUGCGGCGAACGCGAACAUGCCCACGGACAUGCCACCCAUGGCUGAUGUUCCUGGAAUGCCCUCGGCCGCUCCACCAGCCAUGCCUUCCUAA